AUGUAAUUCUCUGAUAUAACCAAUUUAGAAAAGUCUUUUCAUAAUCUCAAGACUAAAUCUUUGAUUUCUGAUCAAAAGACUACUCCUAAGAAAAAACCCUAAUUGAAUUAUAUGGAUAUACAAAAUUUUAAAUUCGAAUGGAUCUGCUUGGAUGAUUAUGAAUAGGAAAUAAUGAAUUAAAAUGAUUCCAAUCCAUUUUAAUACUCUUACUAUGAAUAAAUGUAAUGGUUCUAAAACUAUCAUCUUCAUUUUUAAUAUCCUCUCAAAUUAGAUCAUAUCAAUGUAAAUAAAUCUUAAAUCUUAUAGACUUAAGAAUCCUUGAGACAACAUUCUAUAUGUGAGCUUAAAAGAAAUAGUCUUUUAUGUUGGAUGGGUUAUGUUUUGAGUUCUUAUGAUAAUACAUCAAAUGAAACCUAUUUUUUAGCCAUAUCUAUUUUUGAUAAGUUUCUCCAACAAUAUCCAUAUAGUCUGAGCAAUUCAGAACUUUUAAGUGCUGGAAUUAGUUGUUUGAGUUUGGCAUCUAAAUAGAAAGAUAUAUACUGUUUGACUUCUAAAUAACUUGUUAAAUUAAGUGGCGAAAAAAUAACUGAAGAUUAACUUGCAAAAUGCUAAUUUUAAAUCUUAUAAACUAUAUAACAUUAAAUAGAAAUGCCCAACUAUUUUUAAAAUUUUGAUUACAUAAUGAGAGAUUUAGAGUUUCGUUAUUAUAAACAAAUUAACUCAAAUAUUAUUGAUAAUUCAUUGAUGAAAAUGAAAUUAUCAGCUAUUUAUAAAUGUACUUUAAAUUUAUUAAGAUUUGUUUCAUAACAUUAUGACACAACAAUAUUUUAUUAAAGUACCAUUGCUUAUAGUUGUAUUUUCUAUACAAUUAAGAGAAUGGAAUUAUUAAAUUUUAGGAUGCUUAAUGAUUUAAUUCAAAUUUUAGUUUAAAUUUAAAUUGAUUAAGAGAUUGUCAAUUCAGAAAUAGCUUUAAAAUAUAUUUAUAGACUUUGUUAAAAUGAUUUGACUUAAAAACAAUAAGAAUUCUUAUCAUAAACAGAUUUUAAAUAUUGA